GGCCGGCGCGGGGCGCGCGCGGCUCGGCUCGGCUCGGCUCGGAGCGGCUCGGAGCGGAGCGGGCGGCGGGGGAAGAUGGAGGGAGCCUCCUUCGGAGCCGGCCGGGCGGGGGGCGCCAUCGACCCCCUGGAUUUCCUCAAGCAGCCGCAGACCAUCCUCCGCGUGACGGCCUGGAUCUUCUCCAUCGUGGUGUUUGGCUCCAUUGUGAACGAGUGCUAUGUGAACAAGGACAGCCAGUCCCCCGAGCUGCUCUGCAUCUUCAAUGAGAACGAGAGUGCCUGCAGUUACGGCAUCGCCAUUGGCAUCAUUUCCUUCUUUGGCUGCAUCUUCUUCUUUGUUGUGGACCUCCAGUUCCAGCAGAUCAGCAGCGUGAAGGACCGCAAGCGGGCCGUCCUGCUGGACCUCGGCUUUUCAGGUUUCUUGUCCUUCCUGUGGUUUGUAGCCUUCUGCUUCCUGGCAAACCAGUGGCAACGGACGAAAAUGAGCAAAGGGGCUUUGCAAGGAGCAGAUGCUGCCCGGGCAGCAAUCGCCUUUUCCUUUUUCUCCAUCGUUGUCUGGGUCGCGCUGGCGGUGAAGGCGCUGCAGAGAUACCGCCUGGGGACUGACAUGUCGCUCUUUGCCACCGACCAGUUCACGGCUGACCCCAACGCCUCGUACCCUGGGUACCCCACCGGCAGCGGCAUCGAGAGCACAGAGACCUACCAGAGCCCCCCGUUCACCGAGACCUCAGACGCCAACCCGAAAGGUUACCAAGUGCCAGCAUACUGAGGGACGAGGGUGCCACGCGGCCGUGUACAAAUAGAGCACGUCCUAUGGUGCAGUACAGUUAACCGGUUGAUUGCAAAUGUAUUCAGUACCAUUUCCUUAAUGUGGCAAGUCAGUGCUGGGUUCCUUACUAUUAGCUAGUUGUGCAGUGAAUUCUGUACAGUGGUAUUGGUUCUUGUCUUACCUGUCCAAGGGUUUUAUAAAAGCAGUGUUCCCUCUAAGUCAGAAGGCAGGAAGGUCGCUACCACAGGUGGCAAAAGACAAAUAAGUACCUUCUCUGAGGCUUGUUUUAACAGCAGGCUAUGGGCGCCGGGUUCCAGUGAGUGCCUAGGAACGCCAACAAUACCUUCUCCUGUUAGAAAACACAGUAGCUGAUGAGUUGAUAUUUAUCUCGUUCUUCCAGAGCUAACACAGAACUGGUCUCGUUGCAGCGAGCGCUGGGGCGGCCGGCCCCAGGCUGGUCCCGCUGCUGGGAGCUGCUGCAGAGUUUUUGUGUACAGCGUAAAAGCAGAGUCCAAGGAAAGUGCCAAAUUUACAAAGACAUAAGCAGUGUCUGUGUUAACUUUUCUUUGUAUAUAUUUACUGUACAAAAACCAACCACGACAACCAAACAGGUGUUUCAAACAUAGUUUAGGAUGCAAGCAGCAUGGGGGGUGGAGGCACAGAGGUUUGGGGUUUAUGUUGGUUAUCCAAACGGCUUCUGUGCUUCAGCACGGGUCUGGUUGAGGGCACGAAAAGUUGCUGUUUGAAACUUGCUUUGGAAAACAGUUCAGCAAUAGUUGUCUGCUAAUUAGAAAUAGGCUUUUACCAGUGGAAAAUAUGGUGUGUUACAGUUCCACUUCUUCAUUGGGGGUUGUUAAAGUUUGCAAAUUUACAAGUAGUUACUGAUUGGCAAUACUGAACACUUACUCACUCUCAAACUCAGAGUUGCCAUCACAAAAGGUGUGGGUGUCUCAGUGACUCAAAGUCUAAGUCAAUUAGGAAGCAGCAUAUAACGUGUAUUUUUAUACAGGGAGCAACCACCAUCUGUCGUAAUCUGCAGCAAGAACCUCAGGUGCGAAUGUGUGUUUGGCACUGCGGGCUCCAGCAAUGCGGAAUUCAAAGGGAGCACUGAAAAGCCCCCGUAGGCUCUGAAGUCCAUCCCGGGGGCGCACGCAGCCCAUGUUUGCACAUAGCGGCAGGAUGCAGCUCAUGAAAAAAUGCCCAGGACAGAGGCUGAGUUUUGGUUUCCAGCUGCAGAAUUACAGCCUUGGCUAAACCAAGGAAAUACGAAAAAUCCAGUAGAUCCUCGUCAGCAACCUGAUGGCUUUCAGGCAUCUGGGUGCAGGGGGCAGUGAGCUGAGCUGUUUGCUGCUAAGAUUGAAGCGGCGUUGCGGAGGGGCGAAUUCCCGACCGCCUCGGUGGAGGCUCUGUCCUCGGCAGCCCCGGCUCCCCUGGCUCGCAGUGCCUGGCUGCUGGGAAGGGAGGUUUUGCCUUGCUGGUUUAUGCUGGCAGAAGUCGUGUGUUGCCUUCUGACCGCCUGACAAGCAAUAGUUAAGGGACUGCCACAGCUGUUCUUGUAGCAAAAAAAAAAUAAAUAAAAUCCAGCAGUUUUUUGUCAUCAUCAUUAACACAGCUCAUUUCUGCUGCAAAAUUGCAAAUAAAUGCUUUAAUUAAUAAGCAGCAAACCUCAUCACAGGCAGUCAUUAUCAGUGACAAAACGCGUAACUCGAAUCCCCUGCUAGUUAGGUCAGAUUAACGUGCAUUUGAAGUGAAUGCUGGCAUUACUGGACCCGGACCUUCACGCUCGCCGGGCAGCACCCAGCGCUGCGCAGCCGUGCGGGCUGUUCUCACCCAGCACCUCCCAGCUCAGACACUUCUCCCGCAGAGCCACCCCCUGUGCGUGGUGACACGGGGACCUGGCAGCCCACAGCGGUUUCCACCGUGGCUUUUCUCUACGAUGACAGCACCAGAGGCUGCGCAUCUCCCUGCCCGCACCUUUGCACCCACUUUUUAACUCUAAGGUGUUGUAAAGAGCUUCGCCUGCUGCCUGCAGAGCUGCCCUCAGCAGCGAGGGAGCCAGGGCAGAGAGCAGGAGGAUGGCACACUGCCUGACGUGAGUGGCUCCUGCCCAGCUGAUGCAAGAAGGGUGACCUAGGGGCAUCUGCACUUGGCCUGUGCCAGUCAGGCAGGGAGAAAGCCGUGCAUUAAGUAGACCAGGGACAUCCAAACACCAGUACAGUAUAAGCCUAAAUUCAUUAUACGACCCCUGCGAUUUUUCUAGAGCCGGUCUUGCUGAAAAAAAAAAGGCAAAAGAUUUUAAUACAGGGUACAGUAGAACUGUAGCAAUAUUUUCCUUAGAGGGAACACUGAAAUUUUAGCAGCACAAACAGUACUUGUGUUAAUAUUUUAGCAAAAUUAUAAUCAAUUUAAAUGUUUAAAUUGAUUGUAUGUGAGAUAAUGUUUGUUCGGUACAUUGUAUUUUUUCUAUUUAACUGUUCCAGAGUUUCCUUGUAACCGUAAAGAACUAAAGUUCUGUCUGACUGCGAGAAGUGUCCUGAUCAGUGGUGUAAACGUGCUGAAUAUUACAACAUCUGAAUGUAUGCACCCCAGGCCUACAUUGCAUUUCUUUCCUUUCCACCCCCCCACCCCCCCUUCCACCCAGUGGCAGCGGGACACAGGAUGGCUGCGCACACCCACGCACACCCACGCCGCCACUGACCUAAGAGCAGCAGCUGUGCCAUGGGUACCACAACAGCACAACUGCGACUCCAUCCCUGGGCCAGGCACGGUUGUUCCUCUCAAGGUCAGCUUCUUUUUACAGUCAUUGCUCCCCGAAAUUCGUUAGUAAAUGGCACCUGGCGCUGUGAGUGUGCAAGGCCCUGGAUGUGCUUUGCUCGGAGGAGAGGAGGAAGAGGUUUGGGCACCUGGGAAGGUUCCUGGCAGGGAUGAGGCAGAGCAGAUUGCUCCUCGCUUGAACUGGAGCUGGGAAUUACAUCCGUGGUCCAGCUGCACCAACGCCACCUCGAGAAACCUUCACUUGCCUCCCGCGUGGUGCCGCUGGGAAGGAGCCAGCACCUCUGCUGCAGCCGCAGGGUGGGCGCUGCCCUGCUUCCAUGGCAGAAGGGCGGGCAGAAAGCCGGGCAGGCGUCCCACAAUUGAUGUAUUUUUUCCAGGCGACAGUGACGAGUUCACUCACGAACAGUCGCCCCUCAGGCUGCGUCAGCCAGACAGCAUGGGAAAAAAAUGUAAUUAACGUGGCACUGCGACACCUAAGACACACAUGCCUUGGAAACAGCAUUUACCCACCUUGAAAGAGAAACCAUUUUCUGCUUUGUUGGCAAGACUGUUGAUGAACUCUUGUGUAACUCCCUGCCCCCCAGUGACAGCAUGGUAGCCCACAGGGCCCUGCUGAAUUAAAGCAUGCUUAAUUAAAGGAAGCGUGAGGCACCGGCCCUUCCCUGGCCAGUGUUGACACAUGCCUACCAGUUGUACCAAAUCCUGUUUCCAAGCUCUUUGUGAGACCCCGCAGUGUUCCCGCUAGCCGUUCGCUGUGUUAGUGGUACCGUUAUUAACUGUCGUAGCACAUAGCGUGUCAGUGACUUGUCAGGCAGACCAGUGUGUGCAGGUACGGACUGUAACUAAAUAUAACCUUACGGGCUCAUGGUUAGAGAAUUACUAGAUCCCUCGGUGUAACGCCUGUAGUAUCUUCUUUGAGGUUUGAGUAUUCUUAACAUCAGUCUUCAUACUUCUUUCACCUGCUUUUUCUCCCUGUGGAUUCACUGUGGUAGACAGUAGCUGCUUUCCUUGUAUCUAUCCACACCAAGUCUUAAAAGCAUGCCUGAAUUUUGCUGUGAAUUCGUGCCAUGCCAGCUGCUACCCUCAUGCUGUUCCUGCAAGCUGUUUAAUAUAUUCUCUGUUCUAGAGAUCUCCAGAAGCCCAGCAGCUAACUCAAGCUUGCAGAGGGCAGGACUGUGCUGCUCUCAGGCUAGCGCGCCAAAAGCUUCUACGCAGUGUUAGCACUGAAUUUGGGUGUAAAGAAGAGAAUCUGAACAAUCCUGUACCUUUCCUGGAGAUUUACUCUACAAGGUCAUCUUACUCCAGGAGGUUCUGUUGUGACAACACAGAUAUUUCUCAUUGCUGAAGUUAAACACAUCAUGAGGUGUUUUUUUUUUGUUUUUAUGAACUUAUAAUUUAAGCACAUUAAAAGAGUAUUUGAAAGAAAGAUGUUAAUUGGAAAUUGUUUCCAACAUUUUAAGCUAUUCCUAGGAAGGUGGAAGCUUUGCUUAACUGAUACUUAG